GGAAAACGCGAAAUACCGGGUGUAAGCGCCGAUGCUCAAACGUUCCCGUUUCAUGAAAUGAUUAAAGACUUAGCAAUUGAUCUCAACAGCAAAGUGAGAGAUGAAAUUGUGAAAGCCUUGCGAGCCAUUCCAAAGAAGCUAAUCAGAAAGCGAAACGAUAAGUUGAUGGAUUACGAAGCUGCGAAGUCGAGCAACAAAGUGAAGUCAGACUUUAUGUCGAAAUUCAAAGAUUUUGAAGCAUUGAAUAAUCAGGUCAAGCAGACCCUUCCAAAAGUUAUCGAUGUGCUUAAUACCGUCCUACGAGAUGCCAUGAAAACCGUAGAUGAUUUGGACAGCAAUUUAAUUUCAAACAUCCGUAACAAGUUUCAGGAGGAGAUUACAGCGUACCAAAAUGACCCAUUAGCAAGCUCGUCACGGUUAAUUGUACCUGGUAUGAGUUGUUUUGCGAACUAUUACGAUCCAGACAGAUUGAAACCUCUUCACAACAUUGUAAACAAGGUGAGGAUGGUGGAGUAUCGAAGUCUGGUGAGUACUCUUUAG